AUGGCCGACGAAACCAAUAUUCCCAAUGCGCCAUUGGGCUCAGUCCCAAAGCGCAAACCACUCCCAUAUGCGACUGUAGCCCCAGAUACUGAGGCAGCAGCUGAUCAACCAGACCAAGCGCCCACGCCACAGAAUCCAACAGACGAGAAACCAUCGCCUAAGGCACCAUUCUUCGGUCCUGUUCUAGCCUGGUGGGCACUACAAAAACGAUCGCGCAAAGCUCUUUACAUCGGUCUGGUCGUUGCUCUCCUACUCAUCGCGCUGAUUAUCGGACUCGCAGUUGGACUCACAGUCGGCAAAAAGAACUCAAAAUCUAACCUUGCGCUUCCAACCACUAAUGGGGGUCCCUACACCGGAGACCUCACAUAUUACGAUCCAGGCCUCGGCGCUUGCGGCUACACGAAUACUGAGUCUGACCUUAUCUGCGCUGUCUCCCAUAUUCUCUUUGAUGCUGCUUCGACAGGAUCAGACCCAAAUGACAAUCCGCUAUGUGGUCUCAAGAUUCGAAUCAGGCGUGAUGGAGAGAGUGUGGAUGUCAAGGUCGUCGAUCGAUGUGUUGGCUGCGCGGAGACGGAUCUGGAUGUUACUGAGACGGUUUUCGGGGACUUGGCGACCAUUGCGCAGGGGAGAGUGACGAUGGAAUGGGCAUGGUUGGAGACAGCGCCCGUGAGUGCUUAA